CCGGAGUGACAGGCGCGGGGCCCUCCUCGCCGAAGCUCGGGGCUCCGGCGCUGGCGAAUCACAGAGUGGUGGAAUCUAUUGCCUUUGUCUGACAAGUCAUCCAUCUCCCAGCGCGGGGAGAGGGAGGGGGUCUGGAGGGGGCUUUGCAGCUUUUAGAGAGACACACACCGGGAGCCGAGGCUCCAGUCUCCGGCCGAGUCUUCUCGCAAACGCAACCCACCUGGGGCCAGUCCAGUGCUGCCGGCGUCCCUCGGCUCCCUCCCUUCUUCCCUCCCUCCCGGCCCUUCGGCCGCGGCGGAGCGCGCCAGCCUUUUCCGGGGGCGGGGGCCCGGUUCGCGCUCUCCCCUCCCGAAGGCGCCCGCUCGGACAUCCCGAGGAUUGCUACUUCUUUGCCAACUUCGCCAACUCACCGGCACUUGGAGCGGCCCGGCUCCCCGCCCGGCGCCCUCGGGCCGCCCCUGCUCCACGGCUACUCCGCCUGCCGCCUCUGGAUGAACGGGUUCCAGAGGAGCUGAGCGAGCCGUCUCCCCCGCCCAGCCUCAGCCCUGGCCGCAGCUGCCGCGCGCGCCAUGCGCCCCCAGGUCCUCCCGGCCCGGCCUGCCGCCCCGGGGCCGUUCUGCUGACCGCCCAGCCCCGCGCCCCGACAGUGGGAAGUUCCGGGCGCUGCGGUUGCAAGCUCCGGCAGGCCCGGGAGGAGUCCCCGCGGGGAGCGCAGCGCGGCGCCCCCCGCCCCCGAGCGCUCCGCCGCAGCCGGGAGCCCGCUCACCCCCCCCCCACCGUCCCUCCUUUUUUUCCUCAAGUCCUGAAGUUGAGUUUGAGAGGCGACACGGCGGCGGCGGCCGCGCUGCUCCCGCUCCUCUGUCUCCCCAUGGAUAUGCACUGCAAAGCAGACCCCUUCUCCGCGAUGCACCCAGGGCACGGGGGUGUGAACCAGCUUGGGGGGGUGUUUGUGAAUGGCAGGCCCCUGCCCGACGUGGUGAGGCAGCGCAUCGUGGAGCUGGCCCACCAGGGUGUGCGGCCCUGUGACAUCUCCCGGCAGCUGCGGGUCAGCCACGGCUGUGUCAGCAAAAUCCUGGGCAGGUACUACGAGACCGGCAGCAUCAAGCCCGGAGUGAUCGGCGGCUCCAAGCCCAAAGUGGCAACACCCAAAGUUGUGGACAAGAUUGCUGAAUACAAGCGACAGAACCCGACUAUGUUCGCCUGGGAGAUCCGGGACCGGCUCCUGGCGGAGGGCAUCUGUGACAACGACACAGUGCCCAGCGUCUCUUCCAUCAACAGGAUCAUCCGGACCAAAGUUCAGCAGCCUUUCCACCCAACAACGGAUGGAGCCGGGACCGGAGUGACUGCCCCUGGCCACACCAUCGUUCCCAGUACGGCCUCCCCUCCUGUUUCCAGCACCUCCAAUGAUCCAGUGGGAUCCUACUCCAUCAAUGGGAUCCUGGGGAUCCCUCGCUCCAAUGGCGAGAAGAGGAAACGUGAUGAAGUCGAGGUAUACACUGAUCCUGCCCACAUUAGAGGAGGUGGAGGUUUGCAUCUGGUCUGGACUUUAAGAGAUGUGUCUGAGGGCUCAGUCCCCAAUGGAGAUUCCCAGAGUGGUGUGGACAGUUUGCGGAAGCACUUGCGAGCCGACACCUUCACCCAGCAGCAGCUGGAAGCUUUGGAUCGGGUCUUUGAGCGUCCUUCCUACCCUGACGUCUUCCAGGCAUCAGAGCACAUCAAAUCAGAGCAGGGGAACGAGUACUCCCUCCCAGCCCUGACCCCUGGGCUUGAUGAAGUCAAGUCGAGUCUAUCUGCAUCCACCAACCCGGAGCUGGGCAGCAACGUGUCGGGCACGCAGACAUACCCCGUUGUGACCGGUCGUGACAUGGCGAGCACCACUCUGCCUGGUUACCCCCCUCACGUGCCCCCCACUGGCCAGGGAAGCUACCCCACCUCCACCCUGGCAGGAAUGGUGCCUGAGGCUGCAGCCGGGGUCCCUCAUCCUCCGUCAUGAGUAAUCUGGGGAGGGAAAUUGCAGAAGUGCUUGCAGUAGUGUGUGCACCCUUCUGUACGUCCUGGCCCCUCCGCAGUGCCCACCCACCCCAGCCUGUGCCCGGGAGCACGCAGCCUCAGCUCCACACUCAGUGCCCCCGCCUACCCCCAGCCAGCUGACACUGCUUGGAAGGGUCUGCCCUGGUUUCCAUGGAAACUUGGAGCCAAGAACCAUUUCCAGGGGCAUGUCUGUCACUCAGACAAAGCCACCCUGGUCCACACCAACCC